GCCAUGUGCCUUACCAGUGUGAGGUUCUGCCAUGUACCUCGUUGUUUUGUCUUUAUAGGGUGGCAAAACUGAGUUCUGUAUUUGUGCUGCUCUUCUGUUAGUGAUCCUUUCUACAGCUGUCUGAAAAGAGGACUUGAUGUGGUUUUGAUGGGGAUUCUUGAACGCUGAAAUGACAUCCAGGGGAAGUUUGUGGGGAUGGUGCCCUGGUCUAUGGGAAUGGAACAGCAGGAGUGUGGACAAGGAAAUGCAAAGUGACAGCAGUGUACCAGUAACUGUAAAUUGACAUUUGCAAUCUCUGCCCUCUCCAGGCUGGGUAUGCAGUUCCCAGCUGUGGGACAGAGUUGAUGCCAGCUAACUUUCCUUAACAGCUGGCAAAGCACUGGCACAGCUCUAGAACUGCUCUGCGUGCAGUGCUGAUGCAGUGGGUUUAAAAUGAUUACCUGAAAUAUUCCUUGGUUGUAACAUCAAAGUAGGACUUGUGGUGUCUGCAAGGCCUGGCCCUGUGUGCCAAAGCAGGAUUUAAUGGUAAAAAAUAACUAAAUAACAAAUAACUAAAGCCAGUGAGCUGGUUCUCAAGUGUCAGACCAAGAGCCUAUAAAUGCUGUCACUUUAUGCUUGCUGCUGAAGUUGGUGCACAUGGUCUUUUGGUAUGUGUGUGCUAGAAUCCUAGUCAGUCAACUUCUAACUUAGUGUUUGUCAGCAAUUAAAUUUAGAGGGCUUUUGGGGUGAGGUUGUUGUGCAUUCCAUUAAAUAGUUCAUCUUAGCCAGUGGUCCUGCUGCUUGUGAAUAGCUAUGGCAUAAAUGGCAGUUUGUUCCAGAAUACAGCGGAGUUUGGGAGCUGUGUCUCACUGCCUGCUGGGACUGCUGUUCCCUAAUUUGUGAUGCUGAUGCAGCUCCAUCCCUCUCUGGCCUGAACCAUCCAGCCAGUUCUUUAUCCAGUGAUCCCUCCAGGCCAUGGGCAGCCAGUUUCUCCAGGAGAAUGUGUGGGAAGUGGUGUCCAAGGCUUUCCUGCAUUCCGGGCAGACAGACAGCUACAGCCUCUCCCUCACCACCAAGGGGGCCACCUUGUCAGAGGAGGAGAUUGGGUUGCUUAGGCAGGACCUGCCUUCCAUGAGCCCACACUGACUGGGUCUGAUGCCCUGGCUAUGGCACAAGUGCCACUUGAUGGUGCUCGAGGUGAUGUGCAACACGACCUUCCCCAGCACCAAGGUCAGGCCUGUAAUUCCCUGAGUUCUCUUUCUGGGCCUUGUAGCUCAUUUUAUUCAUCAGCCUUCUCCUUCUCCAGCUGCCUGACUACUACUGUUCAUACCUGCCUCAGAACUAAAUUUUAAACACAUUUUUUUCACUCUUACUCUUCCUACCAAAAAAAUUCUACUCAGUUUUGCGUGUUGUUCAAAAGGCAUAAAUUGAAAUUUACAGUAGCCUGCUUCUGCUCAUCCAGCCCCAGAUUUGGCUUGCAAGAUGACAGAGCAUUUCCCAGUAGCAGGCUUUAUUUGCACUGGUUCUCUGUGCAUGGAUGCUUUGGGCUGUGGUUUCUCUGUGUCAACAUUGUGGUAGUUUCAGACCUCAACUUCCUACUGCAGACAUUACAUGUUUUUGUAGGUGCAGCUUUGUCUUAGCAACAGGAGCUGCAAGAAAUGACAGAGAUGAAAUGAGGUGAGAGGCUGUGCUGCUUCAGUGACAUUUGACCCUGAUAGAUGGUUGAUGAAGAUGCACUGUAAAAAGUGAGCUUGUGUAAUAGACACUGAUAAAAUGUUAAUUAAACCACAGGUACAGCUGGCACAGCUCAUUUCCAAAUGGACCUCUGGUUUUGGAAUUGGAAUCUGAAGUUUUAGUGGUAGGUUUGAAUUUAUCUAAGUAAUUUGUCAGUCACGUUGGUGGGUAUCUACCUAGUUGGAUGGGUCUUGGGUAUGAAAUAGGGUGCAGACUCUAACAUAGGGUCCACUUUUCUUCUAAAAUAUUUCAAAUACUGAAGACUUCAGGAUACAAUGCUUAAAAAAACUACUGGUUGUUAAUUUCUGAGACAUUCAUAAUUUUUUUUUUGCAUUGCAGAAUAAAAGCCCAAACCCAGAUCUGCUUACUAACUAUUUCCACUGGAAUCUACCAGAAGACACAAUCCCUCAGGAGAAGAGAUAGCCCUAAGAUUAGAGCUGCUUCUCUUCUGUGCUGGAGAAAUCUGGAGAUUGAAGCUCAUUCCUAUAGCUUCAGUUUCAUCCUGCUGGUAGCAGGGCCACCGUGCCAGGGACAUCAGCAGCUCCAUGGGACUCUGGUCCCAGAAGGUUGGAUCCACUGGAAGAGUGGCUCCAGGGGAAAUGAGGCUUUAUCUGCUUUUUCUCCUCUGAUACAACUGUCAGGAGUUGCCCUGUGCAGUCUGUAUCUGAUCCACACCUCUGACAAUCUCAGAGCUGAGGAUGAAACAUGAGCUACAAAACUCUCAGUUGACCUUGGGGAGCUUAGGCUGGUGGGAGGAACACUGGGAAGCUCAGGUUUGGUCUAUAAUCUGAUCUGUGGUCGUCUUGAUAGCUAAAAUUUGAUUACUGCAAAGUGCUUUUCCUAUAAAGAAGAUUGUCAGAAGAUGCUGUACAUUUUUCAAAGCAGCUUUCUGAGAUGCAUUGCUGGAAUGAUGGACUUGUGGGUACUAUUUUCUUUACAUUAAAAGUGUAAAAUAUUUGAGUGAAAUUGUAAAAGCAGCCAGAGAAUCUCAUCAUUUUAAUUGCACAGUUUCAGUGCUUCUAGCAGGAAGUGUACAGCGUGUGACAAUUCAGCUUUGUAAGGAGAUCGAUAGAACAGAUUAGUUCAGUUUUUACAGAAGUUGCAAAUACUAGAGAGAUAGUGGGAGCAUGGUUUGUAAACCUUAAACCACGCUUUCCUGCACAACAAUCUGCAGAGAUAUUCUCCUCUCUAAAGCAGGUAUGUGAUUUUCAGCUGCAAGGAAUUUUUUUUUCCACAGGGGCUACAUGAAUGUUUAUUUGAUCGUGCAUCCUGUGUUGCCCUCUGGUUUGCACUUGAGAGAUGGAGUGUUUUGUGAGGUGCAGGGCUUGCCAUGAGCCAUUUUGUGACUCUUCAUGUUUUCAGGGCCAGACUUCAGCCAGCAGGAAUGGAGACCCUGGAUCUGUUGUGGAAUUGUUUGGUGUGCAAAUGGGAGCUGCGGAGGAGGGAGCCCAGGAUGCUCCCCUGCCUCCACUCCUUCUGUAAGGAAUGCCUUCCAGGUUUGAUCCAAGGAUACAGCUGUGUUCCCACUGAGUAUGAAGUUAUCUAUGAAGGUAUCCUUUCCUGCCCUGUGUGCAAACAGACCUGCUUUGCAAGGGAUGUAGUUGAGAAUUUCUUCCUCAAGGACUUCCCAGUUGGUGAUUCAGUGAUGGCAAAGGGCUGCUCCAUGUGCAAAGAGAAGAGACCUGCCCACAGUCUCUGCACAAGAUGCAAUAAGUGGUUGUGCAGCUCAUGCACAGAGGAACACAGACAUGGCCAGGAGCCUGGAGAACACUUCCUGUCUUUAUCCCUGAAAGGCUGCACAGCUGAAGAUGAAGCAAGGGAGUUUUCCUUGUUCUGUCCAGUGCACCCUCAAGAGGCACUGAAGGUGUUUUGUGAGACGUGUGACACCCUCACCUGCCGCAGCUGCCUCCUGUCAGAGCACAAGGAGCACAGGUUCAGGCAUCUUGAUGAAGCACUGUACAAUCAGAGAAUUAUCCUGGAGAAUGUCAUAACUAAGGUGGAGGAGAAAAAAAAUGGGAUUCAAGUUUCAGUUAAACAGAUUGAAGACAGGUUGCUUGAAGUAAAACAUCUGUACAAAAAGGUGGAAAACCAAAUAAAAAUGGCCAAGAUGGUUCUGAUGAAUGAAAUCGAUAAACGAACAAAUAUCCUCCUUGAACAACUGGAAAAAAUCACCAAUGAGAGGAAGCAGAGGCUGGAGCAGCAACUGCAAGGUGUUGUGAUUUUAGGCAGACAGGUAGAACAUGUCCAGAACUUCAUCAGCUGGGCUGUGUGUAGUAAGAAAACCAUCCCAUUUCUCUUCAGUAAGGAACUGAUUGUGUUUCAGAUCCAGCGCUUGCUGGAGACAAACUGUAACACAGACACGGGCCCUCCUCUGAAGAUCAGGUUUGCUUGGGAUCCCUCCUACUGGACUAAGCAGCUCUCCAAUUUGGGGGGUUUCACAAUGGAAGGUGGACACAUUACUCACCCAGAUGUGCUGCUCUGUGGAAAUAUUCAAGGGUUACAACCCUCUCUGUACCAUGGGCACCACUCCCCAGCCUCCCAACUGGAGAGCAGCCAGCCUCACCAGUUCCCACCUGCACUCCAGUGCUCUGCACCUGUGUGCUGCUCCCACUGCCUCAGCAUUCCUCACCCAAACAAAGCCCAGCCUUCUUACCAAGACAUGAGCCACCACAAGAGCUUCCACCAGCCUCCUGCACUUCAUCAGCAGCACUUCCCUCUGCAGUACAGCCUGCAGCCCCAGGACAGGGAGCCACGGGCUGCCCCCCAGCCCGUGAAGCUCCCGCAGGCAGGGCUGGAACAGCAGCCGCGCUCGGAGAUGGAGAACGUGUCUGGGAGGGUGGCAAAGCUCUUCCCGCCCCAGCAGCUGCACCAGGGCUGUGCUGGUGUGUCCCACGAGGCUCAGCAGGUUCCUACGAGCCACCCACAGGCUUCUCUGCAGACAUCAGCUGUGGGUGUGCAGCUGGGCCAUGUCCAGAAGAUAAAAUCCAACCACGUGCUGCAGCCACCCCCGCAGCAGCAGCAGCCACUGGUGUCCCCCCAGCCAGGGCAUGAUGAGAGCACCCACAAGCAGGUCAUCCAGCAGAGCCUGGACAUCAUGAACCACCAGCUGGAGCUGGAGGAGAUGAAGAAGGAUCUGGAGCUUCUCCUGCAGGCCCAGGGACAGCCCAGCUUGCAGCUGAACCAAGCCAAGCCACCUCAGCACGUUCAGCAGACUAUAGUUGGUCAGAUCAACUACAUAGUGAGGCAGCCAGCCCCAGCACAGCAACAAGUCCAAGAUGAAGCACAAGUCUGUGAGAGCUCCACAGAAGCUGAUACCCAGAAGCCUGUCAUUCCUCUUGACAGAAGUGACAGUCCCUCCCUGUCACAAUCAUUAGAUGAAGAAGCCAGUGGCAGGAGCCACUCCCCUGAGAGCACACUGCAGCAAUCAACUUUCCAUCCAGUGAGAAAGCAUUCAGCAUCCCUAAGCUUUGUGGGCUUUCCAAACAGUGCAGAAAUGGAAUUAUCUCCCACGAGGUUACCCAGCUCUGCCGACCCAGAGGUGAAAGGUGCAGCUGCUGUGACACCUGGCCCGUCCCCAGACGCCCUCUGUGAGUGUGACACUGCACCAGAGCCCCUGCCCAGCUACAGCCUGGCCCUGGGCAGGGCUCCCAGUGACCCCAGCCCUGGGGCUCCUGCUGCCCUUGCACCAGGUGAUGCACUCCAGGGAGGCACUAAAUGCAAGCUAGAAAAUGAAGACUUCAGUGCUGUGGAUUGUCUUCUAGAAAAUAGCUUGGCUGCUGCUGGGCAAGAGGUGGUUAAUGAAUUAACUCUUUCUAUGCAAAAAGUGAUGGAAGAACCUAUUAAUCUUUCAAUCAAAAAGUCUCAGCAUUGCACUUCUCCUUCUGAACUGCUCAGCAACACUUCUUUCCUGCCUGUGAAUGCCAGAAUGAGACAACCUAGAAGCAAAGAAGAUUCCAAUAACUGUGAAAAGGAACAUUUUGAAAUGGAUAUGAAAAGCAAUCAGAAUGUCAGAGCUGCCCCAAAGGAGCAGAGGAUCCCCUACGUGCGACUGGAACGCCUGAGGAUCUCUGCCUCGGAGGUGGGGGAGCUGCCGGUGUUCAAGCUCCAGCCCCAGGACAACGGGCAGGAGGGCAACUUCCUCCUGGUCAUUGAGUGUGGCACACGGUCCUCAAGCAUGUCUAUAAAGAUAAAUAAAGAUAGUCCAGCUGAAGGACAGAAGUCCAAAGAGGAGAACUCAGAGGAUGGGAGAUUCCUCAUCUCUCAGGCUGCAGGACAGACACAGUCUCCAUCUGUUGAUCAGAAGCUCAGCAAUGGCAUCUCCAUCAUGAAAAAAUCCCCAGUUACUCAGGAAGUCAGUCCAAUUGAAAAUGAGGAUUUCUGUGCUGUGUGUCUUAAUGGAGGAGAACUGCUGUGCUGUGAUCACUGCCCCAAGGUCUUCCAUCUCUCCUGCCAUGUUCCAGCCCUGCUCAGCUUUCCAGUAGGAGAAUGGGUGUGCUCACUUUGCCGGAACCCCGCGAAGCCGGAGGUGGAGUAUGACUGUGAGAACACACGCUACAGCCACAACUACAAUGCACAGUGUGGCCUUGGUGACUGUGACCAGAAGAAGUGUGAAAAGCUGGUGCUCUCCCUGUUCUGCAGUAGUAUGAGCCUCCCAUUCCAUGAACCUGUCAGCCCCCUGGCUCGGCAUUAUUAUCAGAUCAUCAAAAGGCCAAUGGAUUUGUCCACCAUACGAAGGAAGCUGCAAAAAAAGGACAAGUCUCACUACUGUGCACCUGAGGAACUUGUGACUGACGUGCGUCUCAUGUUUUGGAACUGUGCAAAGUUCAAUUAUCCGGAUUCUGAGGUUGCUGAGGCUGGACGAUGCCUGGAUGAGUUCUUUGAGGACAAACUGAGAGAGAUCUAUCCAGACAGGCAUUUCCCUUCAAUGCAGCAGGAUGACUCUGAUUCUGAAGACGUGGAGAGCCAGAACAGCCCAGUGCCAUCCCAGGAUUUCCAGUGGCCGUCGUACGGGCAGGAGUGUGUGCAGCCCAAAAGGAAACGGCGCCACGCUGACAGCGAAAAAACUAAAAGAAUGAUGUUUCAGCCAGCUAACAGCCUUCCUCAGGUAUGACCUCCUCAAGAUAUGAGAUUGGAGGAAUCCAGCAGCAUGACUGGCAGAGUUAAGGUGUGUGGGAGGAAAGCAAAGCGCUCGGGCUGUUUAUUGAAACUCUCCUAUUCUGCUGACCAUAUGCCUUAUUUCUAGAUCUUGUGGAUAGACAACAGAUCCAAAAUGUUUAUGUUUAAAUCUGUCAAUAUCCCAUCUGUUAAAUCACGUGUAUGUUUUGCAGUGUUUACACUGAAGUACUAAUGUCUUGGUCAUAGGUAAUGAUAAACAAUAAUAAAAAUGACACCCUAAUAAUACCUCAUACUGCAGUACUGUUUCAUAAUCUGUUCAAUGUGGCAUCUCUAUUUUAUAGAGCACAGGUAACCAUGUAAUAAUCUUGCAGCCUCAGUGUGAAUGUUGGCCGUGCUUUGUGACGAAUACAAUGUAUAGCCAUUAAAGAUGUAAUCCUGUUGUCUUAUUCAAUGAUUUCUCUGGAAGCUUGGCUGCUCCAAAGCCUGUGAGAUAAUGUGAUUAUCUGAUUAGCUGUUUCUUUUGAAGCACAUAGUUUUCAUUACAUCAGGAAAGAACAAGUGAUAGUAAUGCUAACACAGGGGCUUCUGUGAGAGCUGGUUCUCAGUGCUUACUGGGUGCUCUGUUUGCAAGGCAUAAUUCUUCUGGAAUCCAAUUCAUGCUUGGUAAAGCAGUGUGGGAUUUCAUAGCUCUCAAAGGCAGCAUUUUUAUACAGCCCAAGGCAGUUGUUUUUCUAUAAAGUAGAUAUUGGAAUUCAGUAAAUUAACUAUGGAGUGAAUUACAUGGUUCUAGAAGUGCCUAUAAAAUAACGUCAUUCAUUUCUGAUUUUCUUUUUGCUUAUUACCUGUAGUUUUGAUUACCAGCAGUACUACAAGAUGCUAAUAAUGCUGUAUAUGUAGAAGCUCAAAAUUUUUUUUUUUUUUUGUUAAAUUUCACAAUGUAUGGGUGGAACACAACCAAGAGCAGAUUUAGAGCUCACUUGAACAAAGGUUGUGUGUCACUGUAAAUCCUGAAGGGUGGGAUGGGUAGCAAGGCAUCACACCUGAGCAAAGAGCGAAAGUUUGCAAGCUGUUUCCCACCCCUUCCAGCAGCAGGUGAGCCAUGUCUCUGCAUGGCCAGUGCUUUCCUCAUGUGUGAGAGGGGCAUCUUCCUCCUUAGAGCUCUGCCCAGCAGAAAAAUCCAGGCUGGGGCCUAGCUCUGACACAGGAGGUUGUUGCAGACCUCAAACACAAAUAAAGUUCAUUUAAAUUAGGUUCCUGUAAAUAAAGAUGAUAUUUUCAUCAUAGUUUAUAUGGGCUAUUUUGUCUAGUAACUAUGUAUGUUAUUUUAGAUAACACUAUAAAGGUUUAUAUAUGAAAUAGUAAUAAGACAUGAAUGUUGUAUUCUACAAUGUGUGACUUACUAUUUGCCCCUAACUUGGUAGUGUGCUAAUCUUCGCUUUUCUUUGGAGAAGUGAAAAUCUGGAUAUUAGAAACAGACUGGCAAACUGUGAGAUGAAGGGACAGGCUUUACAUUUUCUAAAUGUGAAUUCAUAUGUGUUUGCUUUCUGUCAAAUUCCUCAAAACAGUGAGAGUCUUGGCACAGGGCAAUGAGUGCAGGUUUGUCACUGAAUUUAUCACCCUUAUCUGUGCUACAGGUAUCAUUUCUUCUCUGUUCCUCCACCAAAGAACUAUCUUUUACCAUUACUAAUGCAAAAAUGGUACGCUUUUUAGACUUCAUCUAGGGGCAGUGGUAGAAAUGUGAGAGAUUAGUGAUGGCUUCCUCUUUUCCUGGAAGAGCAGAGUCAAUGAGAGCCUCCUUCUGUUUCUUAAAAAUUGUAAGGUUAUUAACUGUAGCAUUAGUUUUGGAGAACACCUGUUUAAAUAAAAUUUAUCUGGGGUGUGUUAUGCUUUUAUUAAAAAUAGAAGUUUUCCAGCUUGUCGUUGUAAAUAAAACACGUUUUUGGGUGUGUUCUGGCAGGACUGAAUGACCUGAGCACUCUUAAGGCUAACUUAGAUUCUGAUUUAAUGCUCUAAGACUAGUAACAAUUGAAAAAAAACCCCUCAUAAACCUCAUGUCAUGUUGGUAAGCAGAACAAAAACUGAAGUCCUACUUAUGACUUCAUAUAUUUUCAAACAUGAAUUCAUGGCUCAGCAAAUUCAUGAUACAGUGCAGGUUAUGGGAACAAUACAUUUUUCCUGCAUAAUGAGUUACAUGUAUAAAGGGAAAAUCCUUUCUGUGCUUAAACAGUUGGAAAAGAGAUUAAUUGCAGUUUCAUAAUAGGUCUGUCAAAGAAGAAAUGUCAGCUACAGAUCUGGCUUUCAUUAUUAUCCCCCAGACAAUUCCAAAGACCUGCUUGUUCCAGUAUGGUGACAGGAGAAUGGCAUCACAGUUCAUACAAACAGGUGUUUAACCAUACACAUUAACCAAUGACUGCAUGUUUAUAUGUGUAAUGUGCAUUGCUGAACAAUAAAACAUGUGAAAUGUCCUUUUGCACAUCAA